AUGAAAGAAACGCAUAACUUUCUAAUUCUUUUAUCAUACUUUGGGAUGGAAUUUAAUGGAUCUGCAUAUCAAAAGGACAACGAUAAUACUGUAGAGAAUAAACUUUUAGAAAAUCUUUAUAAAUUAGAAUUGAUUGAUAAUUAUGAUACGCCAUUGUCGAGGGUAUCACGAACAGACAAAGGUGUAUCUGCUCGUAUCAAUGGAAUAAAUUUAAGAUUAAAUAUAAAAUAUGAGAAUGUUCCUAUUUUAGAAAUAGAAAGGAAAUAUGUUAAAGAAUUAAAAAAGAAGCUUAAAAAUAUACACAUACAUGAUAUUAAACAUGUUUCCAAUACUUUUGACGCACGAUUAAAUUGUAUCCAAAGAACGUAUGUUUAUUUUUUUAUAAAUAAAAAUUAUAACAUCGAAAAGAUGAAGAAAGCAGCA